GGAUAACGUCAGUCCUCCAAAGGAUGGCUUUGCUUACAGCAUGAAGAGGGAAAGCAAAAUGCAGACCUGGAGGCAGCCUGAAAUAUCCAGAUACAGGAGCUUGUGACAUCCUCUUCCACUGCCCAGGGAAAUUUCACACACCCCAGCUUGUGCCUCCGUCUCGGCAGUCAGAUUUCAAAGGAACACCCUUGCACGGUUCCAGCUGUCGCAUAAAGCAGUGGGGGUCAGCUGGAUGUCAGGAUGCAAAUGGUUACUAUUAUCAUACUACUUUUCUUUAGUCAAGCGGCUGAUCUGAGGAAAGGGCGAAAUGGAAACUCCAGGAAGAAAGCAAACAACGGAAGGGGAAACGGCUUAGGAAAAGGAGCCGGCCUCGCGAAGCGCUUCACGCCGAAUCCUCCCUGCGACGUCUACACAUAUCUCUUCGAGAAACACUUAGAUUGUCAAGACAGAAAACUGACAUUUGUCCUGCCCGAAUGGCCGGAAGACUUAAAGCACAUGCUGCUAGCCCAAAACGCAAUCCGUAAGCUGAAGAACAACAUGUUCUCCAGAUUCCCAAAACUGAAAAGUCUCGAUUUGCAACAAAACCAGAUCUCCAAAAUCGAGGACCAGGCUUUCUGGGGCCUGAACAAACUGACCACCCUUUUGUUACAGCACAACAAGUUGAAGGUUUUGUCGGAGGAGGUGUUCAUUUACAUGCCUUUCCUGAGUUACUUGCGCCUGUACGACAACCCCUGGCACUGCAGCUGUCCGUUGGAGUCGCUCGUAACGAUGCUGCAGCUUCCAAGGAACCGGAACUUGGCGAAUUACGCCAAAUGUGCACAGCCAGAAGAGGCGAAGGGUCGAAAGCUUAAGGAGAUACAAGCCGAACAGUUCUGCGGCGACAAAGCCGACUUACCGCCGGCGCCGAAACCUGAAAUUGCCAGACCUGAAUUUGACUCUUCGCUUUGUCACACCUACGUGUUUCCCGUAAAAACAUUGGAUUGCAGGAGGAAAGAUUUAAAAAUAGUCCCAAGCAAUAUAUCUCCAGACACAGUUAAGCUUGAUCUUUCCAGUAACAAAAUCACUUUACUACGACCCAAGGAGUUUGAAGAAAUAGAUGACCUGAAGGUGUUAAAUCUCAGUAGCAACGGAGUAAUUCACAUAGACCCAGCUGCUUUUGCAGGACUCAUCAAUCUGGAAGAACUAGACCUAUCAAGCAAUUCUCUACAAAAUAUUGAAUACGGAGUCUUGGAACAUUUGUACUUUUUGAAAAUACUGCGGCUUAAAGAAAACCCUUGGCGAUGCGACUACAACAUCCAUUAUCUUUUCUACUGGCUGAAGCACCAUUAUAACGUUCACUAUAAUGGCUUAGAAUGCCAAAAACCUGGAGAAUAUAAAGGAUGGUCUGUUAGGAAGUAUGUCAGGAGCUAUUUUGAAGAGUGCCCCAAAGAUAGGCUACCUAUUUAUCCAGAUGUGUUUGAGGAUAAUGAAAUAGAAGAAACCGCUCUAAAACACUCGGUAAUUGUCAGAGUAAUCGAUUAAUUUGUCCACCAGCAUAUCCAAACGUUUUGUAUUUUUUUUUAUAAGAAGAAGGAUCGUUUAUAUAUAUUUUGAUACUGUAAUUGUGGCGUUUGUUCGCGAUGGACUAUCCCCUGAAAUAUUGUUCAGCAGGGACGGCAUUAAUUGUGUUGUUUUU